CUCUCUUUUUCCUCUCGGCGAGACCCGUCACCAUGGGCCGCAGACCCGCGCGAUGCUAUCGGUAUUGCAAGAACAAGCCUUACCCCAAGUCCCGCUUCUGCAGGGGUGUUCCUGAUCCCAAGAUCAGGAUUUUUGACUUGGGUAGGAAGAAGGCUAAGGUUGAUGAAUUCCCACUCUGUGGACACAUGGUAUCAGAUGAAUAUGAGCAGCUGUCAUCGGAAGCUCUGGAGGCUGCCCGGAUCUGUGCCAACAAGUACAUGGUGAAGAGCUGUGGCAAGGAUGGCUUUCACAUCCGAGUGCGCCUGCAUCCCUUCCACGUCAUCCGUAUCAACAAGAUGUUGUCAUGUGCUGGAGCUGAUAGGCUCCAGACUGGAAUGCGUGGAGCAUUUGGAAAGCCUCAGGGCACAGUAGCUCGUGUCCACAUUGGCCAGGUCAUCAUGUCCAUUCGUACUAAGGUGCAGAAUAAGGAACAUGUUAUUGAAGCACUGCGCAGGGCUAAGUUCAAGUUUCCUGGUAGACAGAAGAUCCACAUUUCCAAGAAAUGGGGCUUCACCAAAUUCAAUGCUGACGAGUUUGAGGAAAUGGUGUCUGAGAAGCGCCUCAUCCCUGAUGGUUGUGGAGUUAAAUACAUCCCCAACAGGGGCCCUCUGGACAAGUGGCGUGCCUUACAUGCAGCAUGAUGACCUGAUUUGUUAGAAUGCUCCGUUGUUUUAUUCUUGAAGGAAGAUUCAUGAAAAUAAACAGUUCUAUCUA